CAGUGAUAUUUUUCCCUUGAAGGCACGUGUGCAAUAACCUAAGAGAGUAGCGGUUUAGAGUUCGAGACACUACAGAUAGAGAUGCAAUCACUCUCAAGUGUCUCGAACACACUCGGAUUCUGAAUGCCACCCGAUACAUAAAAGCAUCGUUCAUCGUUUCCGAAACGAAACCCCCUGCUUUGAGCACGAAGCCAAACCCCUCCCUCCCUCUCUUCCUCAACCUCUCACUCUACCAAAGGCGGCGAAUCAUGGACGUCGAUCCUCGUCACUAUAAUCACGUUGCUAUCAAUGACAAUGACGUCCACAAUAUUGUUCUAUCAUACCUUGUGCAUAAUUGCUAUAAAGAAAGUGUGGAGUCAUUUGUUGCUUCUACGGGGAUGAAGCAGCCUGCUGACUGUCUUGAGGAUAUGGAGAAAAGAAAAAGAAUCUUUCAUUGUGCAGUGGAGGGGAAUGCUCUCAAGGCGAUUGAACUGACGGAACAGCUGGCACCUGACUUACUGGGGAAAAAUAAAGAAUUGCAUUUUGACCUUCUGAGCCUUCACUUUGUUGAACUUGUUUGCUCUAAGAAAUGCACAGAAGCUUUGGAAUUUGCCCAGAACCAGUUGACCCCCUUUGGCAAGGUGGAAAAAUAUGUCUCAAAGCUUGAGGACUUUAUGGCAUUGCUUGCCUAUGAAGAACCAGAGAAGUCCCCUAUGUUUCAUUUGCUUAGCUUGGACUAUCGGCAGCAAGUUGCAGAUAGUUUGAACCGAGCAGUUCUUGCACAUUCAAACCUGCCCAAUUAUACUGCAAUGGAAAGGCUAAUACAACAGACAACAGUAGUUAGACAAAGCAUAAGUGAAGAAAAUGCCAAGAAUGGGCCUCCACCAUUUUCUUUGAAGGAUUUUAUUAGAAGCUAAUGGAUGAAACUCUUGGAGUAUCACUGGCUGUUCUCAUAUCUUGCAGUUUGGCAAGUUUGGUGCUCGAUCUUGUAUGCCACAUGUGGAGUUGGUGUAAUACAUUAUUUCUUGUAUAGAAAGUAGUCAUCAAAGGGGGUACUAGCUCUGCGCCAAUUGGUUUUCUCUAGGUUUGGGUUUUUGAAGUUGAUCUGAUGCAAGGCUUGCAUAUGUUAUUGUGCUUAU